AUGUCCGAGCGAAAGGUCUUGACCAAGUACUACCCUCCCGACUUCGAUCCGUCGGCGAUCGGGCGCACCCCCAAGCAUCUGCGCCAGAAGGGUCCCAAGGUCAUCACGGUCCGACUGAUGGCCCCGUUUCCCAUGAAAUGUACCAACUGCGGCGAAUACAUCUAUCGUGGGCGCAAGUUCAAUGCUCGCAAGCAGACACUUGAAGAGAAAUAUCUCAACAUCCCGAUCUAUCGGUUCUUCAUCCGCUGCACGCGAUGCAGCGGUGAGAUCACCUUCCGUACAGACCCAAAGAACAUGGACUAUGAAUGCGAGAAAGGAGCUAAGCGAAACUUCGAGCCGUGGCGAGACGGCAAGGAUGGAAAAUACAACGAGACCGAGGAGGAAACGCUCGAUCGACUCGAGCGUGAGGAAAAUGAGCAAGAGGAACAGCUGGAACGGGAUAAGAUGGCUGAGUUGGAGGAGAAGAUGCAAGACUCGAAGCGGGAGAUGGCGAUUGCAGAUGCGCUCGAUGAGAUUCGAACGAGGAAUGCGCGUAUCGCACGAAACCAGGGUUUGGAGGACGAGGUUGCUCUGGAUCUCAUCCACAACGAGGUCGAUGAGGCGAAGUUGCGGGAAGAGAAGGAGGAUGAGGAAGCAGCGCGGAGGGCUUUCAUGACUGCUUCCGGCGAGAGAGUCAAGCGUAUUGUGCACGAGGAGGAACUGGCCGCACCAGGACCCUCACAGACGAAGACUGCCCAGGCCCAGAUGCCUCCACCUUCAACAUCUUUCGCCCGAGUCAAGAAGGCUAAGAAGCCCGGUGUGAACGGCUUGGGUAUUAAGAAGAAGCCAUCCCUGGUCUAA